AUGGUAUUAAAGAUGAAUACUUUAGAUAGUAAUAGAUCUAAUAUGUUACGUGAGGUCCAGUUAAUGAAUAGACUCUCUCAUCCUAAUAUUCUAAAAUUUAUGGGAGUGUGUGUUCACGAAGGACAAUUACAUGCUCUAACAGAGUACAUAAGUACUGGAUGUUUACGGCAGUUGUUAGAUAAAGAAGAAGAACUACCAUGGAUGUGGCGUAUUAAAUUAUCAUUAGAUAUAGCUAGAGGAUUAAAAUAUAUACAUUCUAGAGGCUUUAUACAUAGAGAUUUAACAUCAAGGAAUGUAUUAGUCAAGAUAGAACCUGAUGGUGUCAUGAGAGCUAUUGUAGCAGAUUUUGGUUUAGCUGCUAAAAUUCCAAGUUCUACUGAUGAGAAAUUAGCUAUAGUUGGUUCUCCUUAUUGGAUGGCACCUGAAGUUUUACGUGGUGAAUUUUAUAAUGAAAUGGCUGAUGUAUUUUCAUUUGGCAUUAUAUUAUGUGAAAUAACAGCUAGAAUUGAUGCAGAUCCAGAUGUAUUACCACGUACUGUAAACUUUGGUGUAGAUUAUGUGGCUUUAGCAGAAAUGGUUGUUUACAGUCCAUUAGAGUUUCUUCAUUUAGCUUUUAAAUGCUGCCAUGUAAGUACACUCAUCUGA